UUACGUUCCAAUGGACCGUGCAAACUGCCUGCGGAGAUGGCAGCCAGGUAGAUUAUUGCCAACCAAUUAUUAUUUUGCUAUGGAAAGUGUAUUUACUUCUCAAAUGUGGUAUGUGGCCAUAUGUUUUCAAGUCGUGUAGGACUAAUCAAUGAAAGGGAUACCACGGCGCCUCCCACUCGGUGCAUAAAAACGCCUAUUUCUUGCAUCUCAAAGACAGCGUUUAACGAUACUAACGUUAGUUUACUUGCCUAUGAUAUUCUUUUUGUGCUUCGGAUUGCCAAAUGUGUUAACUACAUUGCUGGGAGGAACCCAGAGUCAACAUAUCCACCCUUUAAAGGACAUGGAGAAAGGGUAACAUCAUGCGCAGUACCGAGAUGAGAGGGCGAAGGAGCAUGUGAAGAUGUCCCUAAAGACUGCUAAAAGAUGGUGCUUUAGACUGUUCGCUGUUGUACUGUUCUUAGUCUCCUACUACUGCUCCCACGUCUUCCUUCAGAGUUAUGGAGGCACCAGCAAGUCUCUUUUGACUCCUAGCAAGUCACUGUGUGGCGGCUGGCUAAAGCAGAAGAAGUGGGAGAGCCUCAAUUUUAACAUUAGCAGACAAACAGAGCUCUUCUUCAAACUGGAUGAUUUCUUCUGGCGACAACAUCAGUCCACAUUAGCGUUGCCCUACGGUAUUAAAGGAAGUGAGUUACUGCUGCUGAGAGUGUUAGCCAUUAUUGCCAAUUACAAAAUGCCGGCCAGCAUUGAUCGUCUAGACUGCAGAACAUGUGCAGUCAUAGGAAAUGGGUUUGCCAUUAAAAACAGCUCCUUGGGGGGCGUCAUCAACGAGUAUGAUGUGGUGAUCCGGCUGAAUGAUGCCCCUGUCAGAGGUUAUGAGGAUGACGUGGGGAACAAGACCACUAUGCGUCUCUUCUACCCUGAGUCGGCCUCCUACAACCCCAGCAUGCACAACGACCCCGACACCCUUAUGGUCCUAGUGCCUUUCAAACAGCAGGACCUCCGCUGGCUCAAAGAGAUCCUGUACGACGAGAAGAGGGUGAGGAAAGGUUUCUGGAAGCCCCCUCCACAGAUCUGGCUGGGCAGGACCAGUCGCAUCCGGGUGCUGGACCCUCACUUUCUUCAUGGGACGGCCAGCAGUCUGCUACAAAUCCCACUUCAACCAAAGAGCAAACAGAAACCGGUACACCCCACUACAGGGAUCCUUGCCGUGUUCGUGGCACUCAACUACUGUGAUGUGGUCCACAUAGCUGGGUUUGGAUAUCCAGCAUCCAAAAACCAGAAGCACCCUAUACACUACUAUGGAUAUGACACUAUGAAAUCCAUGAAGGAUUCCUACCAUGACCUUACCCACGAAGCAGAAGCCUUAAAAAAACUAGAGGAUUCGGGGGCUAUCCUGUACUUACACCCUCACUCCUGACACACACACGCACGGGCACGGUCCAGAAACACCCCCUGUCCCUGACCUAGGAACUUCAUCAAAAUCUGCAAGGAAUUUUCACUGCACUGCUAAUACAUAUACAUAUUUCUUCAGAUCUACACAUGCCUAGAUGGUAGAGGCUAGUGGGUGUUUUAUGGACUAGGCUACUCACAGAUGGCAGUUGUGGACUCUGCUGACAAUAUUGUCCAUACAGUCCAAACAUUAAAAAUAACAAAAUAAUGUCUUUUUUUCCUGAGUUCUGAUUUUAAUUAACUUAAAAAUAUAUAUUGUCUUCGAAAUGGUACCACUGGAUAUUUUAUUGUAUGUAAUACAUUUUUAUUAAAUCUAAAUGAAAAUA